AUGGAGAACCCUUCUUUCCAGUAUUCAGUUCAGCUGGAUUGUGAAGAAAAAAUAACAAACAUAUUUUGGGCAGAUGCAAAAAUGAUAAUUGACUAUGCUUCAUUUGGAGACGUAGUUGCCUUUGAUACUACAUUCGGCACAAAUAAAGAAAAUAGACCACUUGGUGUUUUUGUUGCAACCCAUGACAAUAAGCAUCCAAAGACACUAUUUACAGAUCAAGACAUUGUUAUGGGAAUUGCUAUUUCAGAGAUGAUGCCGGAUGUGUGGUAUGGACUAUGUACUUGGCACAUAAAGGAAAAUGCAACAAAGCACUUGUUAAGUAAUGGAGCUGAUGUUUUUCGAGAAUUCAAAGCAUGUAUGUAUAGCAUUGAAGAUGAAGUAGAGUUUGAAAAAGCUUUCAAUGAAUUGCGUGGGAAAGUGAAAAAGGUUACUUGGUUAGACUUCAUUUAUCCCUUUAAGAAACAGUGGGCGGAGUGUUAUAUGAGAAAUGUAUUUUCCUUGGGGAUGAGGAGCACUCAAUUAAGCGAAAGUUUCAAUUCUGAUUUAAAAGAUUAUCUAAAAUGCAACAUGGACGUUAUGCGUUUUUUUAAACAAUUUGAGAGAGUACUUGAUCUAAAGCGUCAAAACGAAAUAAAUCAUGAGUUUGAUUCGAAGGAAAAUCUACCAAGGAUAAAGAUGAGGAGAAUUCCUUUACUUAAUCAAGUUGGUAAACUAUACACUCCUCAAAUUUUUGCAAGCUUUCAAGAUGAGUAUGAAUUGUCUAAUGCAGCUUAUGUCAAGGAUGUUGUAGAAGGCGAAUUUCACAAUGAAUAUAGAGUUGCCAUCUUCAACCUAGACAAUGAUAGCUCUAUUGAUACGGAAUACCAAGUAUUUGGUGAUGCUUCGACUAAAACAGUUUCAUGUAGUUGUAGAAUAUUUGAGAGAUUGGGGAUACUAUGUGCUCAUGCUUUGAAGGUCCUUGAUGUCAUGAACAUUAAAUUGAUACCCGAGAAAUAUAUUUUGAAACGUUGGACUAGAGAAGCUAGGAGUGGAGUCGUGCAAGAUAGAUGUGGGAGGAUUGUUCUUGAGGACCCUCGGUUGGAAGCUACUCUUAGAUAUAGAGCUUUAUGUAGGAAAUUUUUAAAAGUUGCCUGUCAAGCAUAUAGCUUUGUAGAAGUAUCCUCAUUGGUCGAUAAUGGCUUGGAUAAUAUUAUUGUUGAGGUUAACAAGAAAUUGUCAAGCAUGAAAGCAGAGCAAAGCAAUCGGGUUGCUUCCAUUGUUCCUGAUUUGAAUGCACAAGUUCAGCCAAGUGGUGUAGAAGACUACAUUUCUAGCAAGGCUACUUUGAAGAAAAAAGAAUCGAAAAAGACUGGAAAAAGAAGAAAAAGUUGGACCGAGAAAUUUCAUGAUAAGAAUGUCAAAACUCAACCAUCUAAAACAAGUGAGAGCAAGCGCGGGAAGAAGAAUGCACCAUCACGUGAACAAAGUAAAGAACAUCAACCACCACAGCAAGUUGAAAAGCAGGAUACAGGAAAAUAUGGCACUUACUAUCAACAUCCUCAAGCCUCUGAGAAUAGCUUCACUCAAUUGCUCUUGGGCGAAUGUACUACAGCUGCAAGUCAAGCGCAACGUAGUUCUUACAUGUGGAAGGAAAGCCAAAGUCAAAGUCAGGAGGGAAGUGGAAAUCCAAAUGCUACUCAAAUUUUCAUAUCAAGGACUUCCAAUUCUUCAUCUUAG